CAAUGAGAGUGGGAAAUGGAGAAGCACCCGGGAAUUGAGCCGGGGAAAAAGUUUUGUAAGGAUAGUCUCUAGGAGUAGAAAGCCAGAUCUUCGCUGCAUGACGAACGAGCUUGAAAUUACAUUCGCUGAGUUUUUCCUUGGGGAGUGUGUUGGCGAUUGGAGCGAGGGUGGAAUUACACUUGUUGGGAAAAAUAUUAUCGAUUUUGAUGAUGAUGUAUUUAGAUUGUAAUAGGGACUUUAGGCCUCCCCCAAUAUUCAAUGUAAUUUUUCUUUUUAGAAAUAUUGUUAAAACCGAGUUCUUGAGAUUUCCAAUAAAGUUGUGAUAUUUCUUUAAGUGGUUUGAUGCUUGAAGACUUAAUCAAAUUUAGUGAUAUGGAAAUUGGAUAUCUUGAUCGGAAAUGUCAGAGACAAAGUGUUUCCAGUGUAGUUGUUGGAACACAUGUUUGGGUUGAGGAUCCAGAGGUAGCUUGGAUAGAUGGAGAGGUUGUUGAAAUCAAUGGUGGAGAUAUUACAGUCAACUGUACAUCAGGGGCAAUUGCUAACGUUGAACCAUUAGAAGAUAGCUACCAAGUAGAUGUUAUUGGGGAAGCCACACCUGAUGUUAUUGUCAAUGAAUUUAUGAAAGGCGAGAAGGAAUUUAUUGAGAAAAUAUUGAGCACGGAGUUCAAUUUUUUCCGAGCUAUUAGAGAUGGGAGUGCACUGAUGCAGCAUAUGGAGGAUUUCUAUUAUAUUACCCUAUUGGAGAUUAAGUACAAGAGUUUUGAUAAAGUUGAAGAGAGAAAGUGGUGGCACAUUCCAAUAAUUACAGAACUUCUUGAGAAGAAUGGUCUUGAAUCUGCACUGAAGACAGUUCUUGACACAGAGAUGGUGCAAGCACGUCAGUUUGUACAUUUUGCUUUUCCACGGCUUAAGUGGACUGAUCAAAGUAAUGACACUGGAAUUUGGAAGGAUCAGGCUUCAAAUGAAACUGAAGCAAUAGGAAAACAUAGUGAUCAUUCAGGAGAUUUCGCUGGUCCUUCAGCAUUAGAUAGAUCUGUAAACUAUUCAAACCAGUCAGACAGCCAUCCAGAUCCAGAAGUGCUCCCCAAAUUGCUCAAACCUUGAUGAACAUAAAUCUUCAGAGAUUGAAGUUGUUGAAGCCUCACUGUCUGAUAAACAUUUUUGGAAAAACAUUGCUGAUAUUGUGAAUCAUAAUGUUGUUCAGAGAAUUGGUUUUCCUGCUUUUGAUAAAAUAAGGUGGGAUGAAUUUGACUUGUUAAAUAAGAUUGGGUUGCAGUC